AUGGGCCGCUGGCAGCCCUAUCUCUACUCGGCGCCGGAGAGGCAGUCGAUGAACGACCCUCGGGACAGCUUCAACCCCAAGGCUGUGACCAUGGCCAGUCGCAUGCCACCGUCGCCACCGAAGAAGAAGCGUGAUGGCCCCCUGCUGGACUUCAACAAGCAUCCUGAUAGCUACCUCGUCCUGCCUUAUGGAAAGACGGACGUCAAGCCCAUGAGCCCAAAGACGAAGCUCUGGAUCAAGAUUGCGCGAUGGACUCAGCUGUUCUUCCGUGUAUGCAGUCUCUUUGGUGCUGUAGGACUGCUGCUCUGUGCCAUCUUCAUCAAGGGUGCUCAGGACACUGAGGGGUGGAUCAUGAGGAUUCCCCCCGGUGUCGAUAUCGUAGCAUGCCUGUAUGCUAUCUACCAUCUCGUUCGUAGUCCCAAAUCGCGCCCUCCGGCUAGCUCAGCCAGCUACCACUUCUUCGCCUUGGUCACCGACGCUGGCUUCAUCCCUUUCUACGUCUACACUCUUCUUCUUUCGCGCCGAAAUGCCGAAAUGGAAGCUGGAACUACUGGACGCUGGAGGACCUUAUUUCCUACUGAUGACGAGACGAAUAUCAUCCUCCUCACAACCUGGCUGACUGCGACGACUGCGGCAGGACUUCAUUUGAUUUCCGCGUUCCUCGAUAUGUACCUCAUCGUCAUCUUCAGGAAGAUCUCCAAGCUGCCACCUGACAUGAACCCGCUCGAGGACAAUCUGACUCGCAGAAAGUCGAAGCACAAGGCCAAGAACUCGUCGAUCUCCGCUAUCACACCCUUCCUCGACAAUGACAAGCGAUUGAGUGGGCAGAGCACGACUUCAGUUGACAGGAAUUCGCAGUCGGACCCAUUGCUAUCGCACGACGUCCCAAGCCCCACUAAGACUCAAAUGUCGUUUAUGCAUACUCGUAGCGACUCGGAGACAGCCUACUCGCCGCACACGCCUCAGUCAGCUCGUGAGUCUAAGGAGCGCUUCUCGAUGUACUCGCAACCCCAGACCGCUCGCCAGUCUCGCACAAGCCUGGCGCACCGUGAUGACAUCUACCGCCGAGAUGACAGUGUCGACAAUGAGACUUUAGCUCAGCGUAAAGCCUUCCUUGCACAGCAGGCGAAGAUACAUCAACACGACAGGAACAACUACAAUGUUACGUCCUCGUCCAACCAGGACUUCUACACACCUCCCACGACCGCCCGUAGUGAAAAGCCUGCUGCCGUUGGUGACAUCGCCCUCCAAAGGAUCAGUCGUGAAGAUUUACACGAUGACAACUGGAUUAUUCAUCCUGACGACGAUGACGAGCAAGGCAACGAUACUCGUUACUUGGCUCCCAAGCAGUCAACCUUCGCUCAAAAGAAGGGCUACGCCGCCGUUUCUCCUUACGAUGUAUCAGAUGUCGAGGAUGAGAUUGACCGACCGAUGAUCCCUCAGCCUCUGCGCAUGAAUCCACCAACUCCCCAUCCUACACCUCCUCCGGUUCCGAACUUCGACAGCAAGAAGAACACACCGCCUCCCUCCAAUCUCAAGCGCACGCAGACAACGACCUCGAUAUCCACCGAAGCCACCUUCAACCGCUCCCACUCACGUGGCAACACACCAAAGUCGCGGUACUACGGUGACCUGAAGGCUGCAACGGCCGGUGUCAAGAACAGCGGCUCGACUUCGAACUCUCCUGCGACUUCACCGAAGAAGGGCUCGCUCAAGAAUCAGCCUAAUCACCUCCCGAGUGCAACUGCACAGUACACAGUCAAUACUUCUUCUGUCAAGAACGGCCUGGCGCAGAACACACCCUUCAGCCUUGACAAGAAGUCGUACACAAGCGUGCGCAAGACCGGCGAAUUCAACCACACACCUGUAAAGGCGGUUUCGCCCCGCGUAGUGAGCAGGUCUGGCAUCGACUACGUCAACCCCUAUGAAUUCGACGAUUCAGAUCUCGGUACCCCAGGCCGUAGACGCGAUGCCAGUGGGAAAAUUGCAGAAGAGGGUCGUGGAGGAGCAUGGAGCAACACUGGAUUAACGCACCGCAAGGCCAGCGGCGUUGGCUACGCUUUUUAG